UGCUACAUUCAUUAUUACUUAAAUAUUUUAAGGUUAUAUUUUGUUAAAUAGAGUUGUUAACAUUCGAAUUAUUAAACUUUUAAAGUUAACUUUAAAAAUGUCUCGCGGUGAAUUAAAGACUUCUUUAUCCAAAGGUUUACUAAGCAUGCGAUUCAUGCAAAAAAGUAAACAAAAACUCGAAAAAGAAAAAGAGGUUCAAGAAAGUCAAAGUUUAUAUGCAUCAGAAAUUACCGAUGAAAUGAAAAAAGAAGUGACUUUUAUAACUGAAUUAAGUCGAGGUGCAUGUGAAGAUGUUAUUAAAGGUAGAUUAUCAUUUGGUGGUAUCAAUCCGGAGAUCGAACGAAUAAUGGCUGAAGAAGCAGCAGCAUUAGCUGCAGAGCAUGAUAAACGUCUUGAAACAAGUAUAUCAGACGAAAGCAUGGCUGAACAUUAUGUUGGAGUUUCAAGAACUUUUAAUAAAAAAUUUCAAAAGUAUGCAAAACGACAUAGACAGGAUGAAAAUUCAGAUUCUUCAAAAAAGAAAAAAAAAUUCUUAAAGCCAGUGGAUGAUGAUUGAACUUAAUGAAUUUAAUAUUUAUAUGUAUUAAUAAACUGUAUAUAUUAUUGUAUUUGUAUAUUGGUUGACUUAAUUUGUUAAGUUAAUAAAACAUUUUCAAAAAUUCAA